GUGUUAUUUUUUUCUGCCUCCCCUCAGUCUCAAAAGUUUUAUAUGAUGCUGUCUGUCUGUUUGCGUUGAAUGAAGAUGGCGACCAGUUCAGAGCGUAGUCCCCCUCCCUUUCCCGAGGACCUGGAACCGGAGCCUGACGAAGUUGGAGACCAAGACAGUGAUGACGGAGAAGACAUUUUUCUUGGCACAGAUAACCCAUUGGAGAUAAAGAUGGACCCUUCGCUGUCUGCAAGUGACAUCGCAAGUUCAACCAAACCACUGAGUGAAGCAUCUAGUCCUCCAGUGAUGGACCUCCUUAGUGAACCAGCAAGUGAGGCAUCUAGUGCGCCAAUGGUGGACCUCCUUAUGGAACCAGCAAGCGAGGGAUCUAGUGCUCCAAUGGUGGACAUCCUUAGUGAACCAGCAAGCGAGGCAUCUAGUGCGCCAAUGGUGGACCUCCUUAUGGAACCAGCAAGGGAGGGAUCUAGUGCUCCAAUGGUGGACCUCCUUAUGGAACCAGCAAGCGAGGCAUCUAGUGCUCCAAUGCUGGACCUCUUUAUGGAACCAGCAAGCGAGGCAUCUAGUGGUCCAAUGAUGAAUCUCCUUAUGGAACCAGCAAGUGACGACUUAAAGGAGCCUCCCAAACCUGACAUCGACCCAUUGGCUGACAUUCUCAACGACACUCCACUCAGUGAAGUCAAAACACCGGUUGCUGCGAUGCCCCAGGAGACACCGAGCGACCUCUUUGACGAUGAGCCUAGCGAACUUUUCGCUGAACCACGACAAAGUAACACCGCCAAGCAACAACAAACUAGCAUCUUUGACGAACCUGAUGAGGACCUCUUCAGCGAACCACUGGGUGAGGCCUCGAAGAAACCCCAGAAUGAUUUCUUCAAAGAAGCACUUGCACCAGUGGCCAAAGCUAGCAAUGUCUGCGGUCCUCUGAGUGACAACUACAAUGAGCACCCCACUGAUAUAUUCACUGAGGAGGCUAUGACUACUCUCCCUAGUGCAGUCAGUACUGUUUCCGUCAACUCCAAGACCAACGGAGUCCACUCCGAUGAGGAGGAACCUGAUAUAUUUGCAGAAGCCACCGUAGAGCUGUCUCUGGACAGCCCUAGGAAUGACAGAAAAAAGAAAGAGGCAGCCAAGCCCUCUGCGUCUGCCCCUGCUCCCUCAGUCUCAGCAAGUGCUUCCAAACCGCAACCCAAGACCCUGGAGGAGGUACAGUACAUUACAUUGGAAGAGGAGGUUGAGGAUAAAUUUGAACUGAAUAUCUCAAUAACCAAUCCAGAGAAAGUUGGGGAUGGCAUGAACGCUUACAUGGCCUACAAAGUCUCCACACAGACCACGCUGCCCAUGUUCCGCAGUAAGACGUUCACAGUGCGCCGGCGUUUCAGUGACUUCUUAGGCCUUUACGAGAAGCUCUCAGAUAAACACACACCGAACGGCUACAUUGUGCCCCCGCCGCCUGAGAAGAGCAUUAUGGGCAUGACUAAAGUCAAAGUGGGAAAAGAGGACAACUCGUCGGCUGAGUUUGUGGAGAGGAGGAGGGCGGCUCUGGAGAGGUAUCUGCAGAGAGUGGUGUUCCACCCAUCACUGCUACAAGACCCUGAUGUCAGAGAAUUCUUGGAGAGAGACGAUAUGCCCAGGGCUCACAACACCCAGGCUCUGAGCGGUGCCGGCUUCCUGAAGAUGAUCAACAGGGCUACAGACUCCCUCAGCAAGAUGACCAUCAAAAUGAAUGAGUCGGACGUGUGGUUCGAGGAGAAACUGCAGGAAGUGGAGGCUGAGGACCAGCAGCUGAGGAAGCUCCACAUAAUGGUGGACUCUCUGGUUGGACACAGGAAAGAGUUGUCGGUAAACACGGGUGGCUUUGCCAAGAGUGUGGCGAUGCUGGGCAGCUCGGAGGACAACACGGCCCUGUCCAGAGCCCUCUCCCAGCUGGCCGAGGUGGAGGACAAGAUGGAGCAGCUGCACCAAGAGCAGGCAGCCAGCGACUCGUUCUGCUUCGCCGAGCUGCUCGCCGACUACAUCCGCCUGCUGGGAUCUGUCCGGGCCUCCUUUGACCAGCGGAUGAAGACGUGGCAGCGCUGGCAGGAUGCUCAGAACAUGCUGCAGAAAAAGAGGGAGACAGAGGCCAAGCUGCUGUGGGCCAACAAACCUGACAAGCUGCAGCAGGCCAAGGAUGACAUCACUGAGUGGGAGGCCAAGGUGACUCAGUAUGAGAGAGACUUUGACAGAGUGUCAGCUACAGUUCGCAAGGAGGUGCUCAGGUUUGAGAAAGAGAAGGCCUGCGAUUUCAAGAAACAGAUCAUCAAAUACCUGGAGUCUCUGCUACAGUCGCAGCAACAGCUGAUAAAGUACUGGGAGGCAUUCUUGCCAGAGGCAAAAGCAAUUGCGUGAUGGAGUCCGCCAGCCAAUGGAAAGAAAGAAGAGGAGGCGGCCUUUUUUUAUACACUUUACCUCUCGCCUAUAAACCAAGAAAAUAACCAGAGAGUGCGCUGCAAAGGGAAAUUUGAUUCGUUUUUUAAAAUCAUCCUAAACCUAUAGCGCUUCAUUCUAACUGUUGUAUUAAUAAUUGUAUAUUUUCAUUUAACCUUCCACAUAUAUUUUCUAAAUGGUGAAAACAAACUUUAGCUCUUUUGUGAUGGUAUGGAUGUGUGUGAGGGCUGAGUGUCCAACUUGCGUAUGCAAUGUUAAUGAUUCCAUUAGUUUCCACUUCAGAACAGGAGAAAUCAUUGUUCUCAGUGCAACAUCCUUAUAUUAACAAUAGGAGAUUUUUUACACAUUAGCAUUGUUAAUAAUUCACAACAGAGUGCCCAUCACACACAUGACACACGAGGCAGAGUUUCUGGGGCUUUCAAGGGGAUCUAGUUGAAUUAAAUGCCCAAUUCCAAAUCAAACACCAGCACCCUACUCCCCAUGCACUUCUUAAGAAUCAAGAUAAAGGAUUGGGUAUAAGUAAGCAAUAAUAACACAGAACAUCCACCUAGUCUUCCAAAAGGCUUGGUGUUGUUGCUAUUGUGGCUGGGGGUCCAUUUUGAAUCGAGUCAAAGACAUGUGGAUCCACAUUCAGCCUGUAUAAUUUGGGAGGAUCUUGAGAUGUUUAAAUUUCUACAUUUUGAGUCAAACUUUUUUUUUGUUAUUGUUAUACAUGAUCGGUUCAAUCACUGUGGACAUGACAUCAACCCUCCAAAAUAAAAGUCAAGAAAAUAAGAACCAAGGUUGAGAAGUGUGAAAAAUAAUGUAAAAAGUUUAAACCACGUCAGUAACUGUUAAAAGUACUGCUGGUCCACAUGGAAAGCACGUUAAUUUCAAUGGGAGCUGUCUUUAUAUAACAGUUAUUGCAGAUUGUGAUUAAUUUGGAUGAAUGGCAUCGGAUUUGGGGGAAAUGAAACUGUUUCAGGGAAAUACUCCUACUUCAAAAGGGCAAUCAAAUCUUCUCAACAUGCACUGUAGUUUUCACUUUGCAUGAGGAACCGCAUCCAUUAAAAUGAUCACUUACCUGUA